AUGGCGGAGCGGAAGGAGAAGAAAAUGCGAAAAAUUGAAGCUGCAAGGAGAAAUGUCAUGGCCGCAGUGGAUCGCAUCGAGGAUUUCGUGAUGAAUUAUGAUCCUCAGCAACAUUUUGGUGAAGUGAAGCUACGAUUGGACCGAUUGGAGCAUUACAUGGAGACUUUCGAAACGCUUGAAAUCGAAUUUGCAGAAUUAGACGACGCGGAUGAAUUCGUCAAUAUUAAUUUGGACAUGCGUGCGAAAUUCGAGGAGCAAUACUUUCGCACCAAAGCAGCUUUAAUGGGGAAAUUGCCAGUGGUAACCGAGCAAUCCUCUUCCAGUUCACGCCCUAGCACACAAUCUGGUUUGACUGGAAUCAAAUUACCAACCAUAAAGUUGCCAGAGUUCAAUGGAAAAUUUGACGACUGGCUAUCAUUCCACGACACAUUUCAAGCGCUCAUUCACACAUCCACGGAGCUAACAUCGGUGCAAAAACUGCAUUAUCUUCGCGCAGCUCUCGGAGAGGAACCAGCGAAACUUAUAGAGACGCUCUCCGUCACCGCAGAUAAUUACGUCAUUGCAUGGGAACUUCUCUGUAGCCGAUAUUCAAAUAAAUACAUCCUCCGUAAAAAACACAUUCAGGCACUAUUCGAGUGCCCUCGCGUUAAGAAAGAGUCAGCAGCUGAUCUUCGCGUGCUUUUGGAUUGUUUCGAACGGCACAUCAAAGUCUUGCAGCAGCUCGGUGAGCCUGUUCAGCAUUGGAGCUCUAUGCUGGUGGAGCUGAUGAAUUCCCGUUUAGAUGGUAUCACACUAAAGGCUUGGGAAGAUUUCGCUUCUAUGGAGGAAAACCAUACGUACACGAAAAUGGUGGAAUUCUUACAGCGCAAAGCAAGAGUCUUAGAAUCACUAUCGGAGAAUUAUCAGCAUCCCUCCUUCGACAAACAUCAGCAACCGACAAAGAAGCCUGCACAAUCACGGACAGUUUUUCAUGCGACUACUGAAAAAACUUAUCCUGAAUGUAUUGCUUGCUCUCAAAAGCACUCCCUAUUAAAAUGCACCAUCUUCGACAAGAUGCCACUAAAGGACAAACUGGAAUUGGUAAACACAAAAAAGGUGUGUAGCAACUGCUUCAGGAGCGAUCACUUUGCACGUCGCUGCCAGUCGAAAUACAGCUGCAGAGUAUGCAACAAACGUCACCACACAUUGGUACAUCCUGGAUUUGCGCCUUCAUCCCACAGCCAGCAGGAUUCUUCGCCCAAUGAAAAUUCAUUCAGUGUGAUUCCAACAAAUUGUUCGGUUGCCAUGUUUCCACGUGAAAACUUUGAAGUGCCUAUGUUUCAAGUGAAUGCUGCUACACGGAAUGCCACCGUAUUUCUCUCCACUGUGGUUGUUAUUGUGGUGGAUACUUUUGGCAAGGAGCAUCUUGCACGGGCUUUGUUAGAUUGUGCAUCACAAGCCAAUUUAAUGAGCGAGAAACUACGUCAAACCCUGCGCCUGGCGGGGAAGAAGGUCAACAUAGAAAUCUGCGGUGUUGAUAAAGCUACUACGCGUGUGAAGCAUUCUGUUACCACGGAUGUGCGCUCUCGAGUACAUGAGGUGUCAUUGUCAAUCGAUUUUUUGGUGGUGAACAAGGUAACAAGAAAUCUCCCGUCUGCAACUGUUUCCAUCGAUCAUUGGGAAAUUCCGAGGAAUCUGGAAUUGGCUGAUCCUGAUUUUAAUAGAAGUUGCGAAGUUGACAUAAUAAUAGGAGCGGAACACUACUAUACAUUUUUAAAGAAUGGACGAAUUAAUCUUGGGGAUAAACUACCAUCGCUUAUCGAAAGUGAUUUUGGUUGGGUAGUUUCUGGCAUGGCGGACAUCGACACAUCUAAUCCGAGUGUCAUCUGCUCUGCUACAACCAUGGAAUCCCUGGAUGAAAAACUGGAACGAUUUUGGCUAAUCGAAGACGUUCAUAGCCCUCGACCAUCACGAAAUAAUCAACAGUGUGAGGAAUUUUAUCAAACUUCAACUACCCGGAACAGUGAAGGACGCUAUAUCGUCCGUUAUCCGAAGCACGAGGAAUUUCAACAAAUGUUUGGUGAGUCUAAAUUCAGUGCUCUUCGACGUUUCGAGUCACUAGAAAGGAAAUUGGAGAAAAAUCCCGAUCUGCGUUUGCAGUAUAAUGCUUUCAUGCAGGAGUACAUAUCGUUAGGGCAUAUGCAAGCAGUUGAAGAGACGGUUGAUGACGCUAAAGCUACUUAUUAUUUGCCACACCACCCUGUUUUCAACGAUAAAAGCAGCACUACAAAGGUCCGUGUUGUUUUCGAUGGUUCGGCAAAAAUGAGCAGUGGACACUCCUUGAAUGAUGUCCUCCUCGUUGGCCCAGUAAUUCAGGAUGAGCUCUUAGAUAUUAUACUUCGAUUCCGGAAAUAUCCCGUGGCGUUGGUGGCGGACAUCGAGAAGAUGUACCGCCAAAUACUCAUUUCAUCUGACGAACGCUGUUUGCAACGUAUCCUUUGGCGCUUCGAUUCUUCUGAACCUGUUAGGACAUACGAAUUAAGCACAGUUACAUAUGGUAUUUCAUCAUCUUCGUUUUUGGCAACCAGAACGCUACAUCAGCUGGCCGAGGAUGAGGGAAAGGAGUACCCCCUCGGUAGCCUCGCAAUUUGUAAUGAUUUCUACGUGGAUGACUUCAUUCGAGGAGAAGAUUCGGUAAAACGGGCGAUUCAUCUACGUCACGAGUUGGAUGAAAUCAUGACAAAAGGAGGAUUUCGCUUGCGUAAAUGGUGUUCGAAUUCAACUGAUGUUUUAGCCGGUCUACCUGCAGAACUACUUGCAACACAAGCGCUGUUGAAAUUCGAUCCUGAAAAAACGAUUAAAACGUUAGGUAUUUGCUGGGAGUCUGCCACAGAUCGCUUCCGCUACGACAUAAAUUUGGAGACAGGUAUCAAACCAACGACGAAACGGAAUAUUCUUUCGCGAAUAGCUCAGUUGUAUGAUCCACUCGGACUGAUAGCACCGGUUGUAAUAUUAGCCAAGGUAAUGAUGCAACAAAUAUGGAGCAUGUCCCUGGAUUGGGAUGACCCGGUCCCAAAUGAAAUUGAGCAAAGGUGGCUGGUAUUUUGUGAACAACUUUCAAGUCUUGUUACGUUGCGCAUCGAUCGAUUCACUUUCAUUCACGGAUUCAUCGGCGUAGAGUUACACUGCUUUUCUGACGCCUCGGAAGCAGCCUUUGGAGCCUGUAUCUACGGCCGAUCAGAGACUCCAGAGGGGAAAGUUAAAAUUAGUUUGCUUGCUUCAAAAUCGCGCGUAGCUCCUCUGAAGCGUAUAACACUACCCAGAUUGGAAUUAUGUGGUGCUCUACUGGCUGCUCGUUUAUAUGAAAGAAUAGCUGCAGCAAUUAACAUGGUUUUCACUUCCACUGUAUUCUGGUCCGACUCCACAGUGGUUUUGGAAUGGUUGAAGUCCUCUCCCCACAAUUGGAAAACUUUCGUAGCAAACCGGACAUCGGAAAUACAAUCGAUAACCCAUGGAUGUAGGUGGCUGCACGUUGCUGGAACUGAUAAUCCUGCUGAUAUGGUUUCCCGCGGAGUAUCUCCCAGAGAUUUAGUUACGAACGAGAGGUGGUUUCAUGGACCCAAAUGGUUGGCGGUAGGAAGAGAGUGUUGGCCGAUGCAAAGUGUUGCCAGGCCAAAAGACGAGAUCCUCGAGCGGAAACGGAUUGUUCUUGCCAGUGAAGCAACAUCUCCAAAGAUAAAUGAAAUAUUCACUCGCUAUUCGUGCUGUCACAAGCUUAUAACCAUCACGGCCUAUUGCCUUCGAUUUUUGCACAAUACUCGAACCAAAACUGGGCGAAUUUACUCUAGAGUUCCCUUAGUGAAGGAGCUAACUGGCGCUAGGACAGCAUUAGUGAAAUUAGUCCAAGCUGAAUCUUUUAGAGAUGAUUUGAAAGAACUGCAAAAAUCCGCUAUAGUAUCCAGGAAAUCGAAUCCGAAGCUGCUGAAUCCUUUCAUCGACUCUGAAGGUGUAAUUCGCGUGGGUGGCCGGUUGAGGCUGUCAGACGAGUUAUAUUCAACCAAACAUCCGAUGUUGUUGCCCGGGUUUCAUCCUUUCAGCAAGCUGCUUAUCCUCUCUUAUCAUCGGUCUCUCAUGCAUGGAGGAACGAAUCUAACUCUCGCAGUAAUUCGGGAUCAUUUCUGGCUCGUCCACGGAAGACGUGCUGUGCAAUCCAUCAUAAGGAAAUGUCACAGUUGUGCUCGUGUGGAUCCAAAACCAUUUCAGCAACCAACUGGACAACUUCCACGCUCUCGUGUUAUUCCCAGUCGACCGUUUUCUAGUACGGGUAUAGAUUACUGUGGCCCAGUAUACAUUCGUUCAACUCAACGCAAGACAACCCCUACGAAGGCUUAUAUAGCAAUAUUCGUGUGCUUUAGUACCAAGGCAGUACAUAUCGAGCUUGUCGGUGAUCUGACAACACCGGCAUUCAUAUCCGCUCUACGUCGCUUUGUGGCGCGACGUGGAAAACCAGAACACAUUUAUUCGGACAACGCAAAAACGUUCAUCGGUGCAAAUAAUGAACUCAAUCGAUUGUAUCGUAUGCUGCAACCUGGUCCCGAUUCUGAAUUGAUUGCUGCUAGUACUGCCAGAAUGGAUAUUCAAUGGCAUCUUAUUCCCCCUAAGCCGCCCAACUUCGGUGGACUCUGGGAAGCUGCUGUGAAAGUGGCGAAGAAACAUCUUGUUCGUCAAAUUGGGAACGCAUCACUAACGUACGAAGAUAUGGCCACUGUACUGACCCAAAUAGAAGGGUGCAUGAACUCUCGCCCACUAAUAGCGCUUACAGAUGAUCCCAAUGAUUCGUCGGUACUGACUCCUUCGCAUUUUUUGCUUGGAUACUCUCCACAAUCAGUACCGGACCCCGACGUAAGGAAUGUACCUAUAAAUCGGCUUGAUAGGUACCAGCGAAUUCAAGAGAAGGUGCAGCAUUUCUGGCAUAGAUGGAGGUCAGAAUAUCUACGACAACUAAAUCACUUGACAUGUGUUAACCCAAAGCAGAGUUCCAUCAAAAUUGGCAGUAUUGUUAUCUUGAAGGACGAACUGUCGCCCCCAUUGAAAUGGCCACUGACGCGAGUGCUAGAAAUCCACCCAGGGAAAGACGGUGUAACCCGUGUUGCUACUCUACGCACUACUAGUGGAAUCUUCAAGCGAGCAGUAUCGAAAAUCUGCCCACUGCCAUCGUGCGAAGAAGAUGAUAAUGUUGACUACCUGCAGCAACAGGACCCUCCUGGAGAUCAAUGA